CCCAACUGGCCUGGCCCCGGCCUCCCCGAGCCCUCUUCUUCUCCAUUGCAGUGGGCCCAUCUCCAACAGCGCCGCGAACCUGGCGCCUUCGCCGCCGCCGCCGUCUCUCAGUAGCACCGGUACGCGGCGGCGCUCACCCGCGCUGCCCGCUGCCGCGGUACGAGAAGCCCAGACGCCGGCUCCAGCUUCGCUUUUCCCGUACAGGCGCGUGGCGAAAAGCCGCCACCCGCAUACCUUUGGUCUAAAAGGCCCCCGCAUGCGGCAUCCCCUCCUUGACACACCUCGCGGCGAAGCAUCUCCUCCUAGCACAACAGCCCCCCUGAGCCCUAGCGCAACCCUCGGGCUCCAGAUCCCCGCUCUGGCCAUGUCGGCCCGGAGACAGGCGUGGCAAUUCGCGGCCGCUUUGGUCUUCUUCCACGGCACCGAGUACGUCCUCGCCGCCGCUUUCCACGGCCGCCAGAACGUCACCGCCACCUCACUUCUUAUUAGCAAGCAGUAUGUAUUGGCAAUGGGUUUUGCAAUGCUGGAACACCUGACAGAAAUUCUUAUCUUCCCGGAAGUAAAGGAGUACUGGUUUGUCAGUAAUAUUGGCCUUCUAAUGGUGCUUAUCGGUGAAAUUAUCCGUAAAGUUUCUGUUGUGACAGCUGGACGCGCCUUCACGCACGUUAUAAGAACUUAUUAUGAAGAUCAGCAUCAGUUGAUUACCCAUGGAGUGUAUAGGUUUAUGCGCCAUCCUGGGUAUUCUGGCUUUCUUAUAUGGGCAGUAGGAACCCAGGUUAUGUUGUGUAAUCCAGUAUCAACAGUUGCAUUCACAUUGGUGCUGUGGCGAUUCUUUUCAAAACGGAUACCGUAUGAAGAAUUUUUCUUGAGGCAGUUCUUUGGCUCUGAAUACGAAGAAUACGCACAGAGAGUGCACUCUGGAUUACCAUUUAUUAAGUGAAAGUAUCGCACUUGCAAACACAAAUCUGGAGACGGGAUAUUCAUAUUAUGCUUGGUUUUGCUAUAGGUAUGUCAAAGUAAAGCACCAAACAAUAUGAAAUCAAGAGAUAACAAAGAAAGGAGCCUUUUGAUGGAUUGCAUACAAUACAAGACAAAUUGGAAAUUUUAUAGUCUGUAGUCAAGCAGAUGAGUUAUUCAUCAGUUCAUUGAUCUUGUGCAAAUUUGAGCAACUUUGCAUUGGUCAUUUGAUGUAAAGCUCAAGCUUUUUUUUCACCCUCAUAGUGAUGUUCACUCACAGCUGAACUUGUGGAAGCGCUCCAUUCAUUAGAUUUGAGCUGAAUGGUUUCGAGGUAAUGUUUACUAGCUCGAGGUUCCUUGUGACGAAGCAUUUCUUAACACAAGUACACAACUUUGUCUGGUGUGUCAAGCAUAUACUUGGAAUCAGCAUGCUUGCGUCUGGACGGACAUGUCGAAA